UCAGCACAGACGUGACAGAGACAGACAGCAGAGCAGACCUGAAGACAGACGAACAACAAUGCAGUGGAGUCUGUUUCUGCUCCUCCUGAUGGGUUCAUGUCCCUUCUUUGCAUGUCAAAAUUAUGAAUACCACUAUAUAGAUCAGAAAAUGACCUGGGAUGAAGCCCAGAGGUUCUGCAGAGAGAAUUACACAGACCUGGCUAUGGUGUAUAACACGACGGACAUGGAGAGACUCCGUAACUCCAAAGGAACUCAAGGCCCGUCCAUAAAUCAAGAGGAAGCCUGGAUCGGACUUUACUCUAAACCAGGCAUAGAAAAUAUGACAUGGCACUGGUCUCUGCCUGGAACAGAGUAUGAUGGCAUAAAAUGUGGAACAGAACAACCAGAUAAAGGAUAUCAGUUCUGUCAGGUGAUAAAAAACAAUGGUGAAUGGAAAAAUGUUGCCUCUAAUAAUACCUGCAGAUUUAUCUGUUAUAAAGGGAGUAAUCAACCUGAUACAUAUUACUUCAGUAGAGAAACAAAGACUUGGCCAGAGGCUCAAAAAUACUGCAGAGAGAAUUUCAAAGACCUGGUCAGUGGAUUCAGUCUAUUUAAUGACAACAGCCCUACAGGUGAGAUUAACUCCAUACUCCAGACUCUUUUUUCCAACCAAUGUUGUUUCAUCGGCCUGUUUAGAGACAACUGGAAAUGGUCCAGUGGAAGCAGCUUCUCUUUCAGAUACUGGAACACCAACUAUGUGUACACUGAUCCAAAUGCCCAGAAAUGUGCUGUGACUGCAUUGAAGGAGGACGGGAGAUGGAAGAAGUCUGACUGUAGUGAGAAGAAACCUUUUUUCUGCUAUGAUGAUAAAAUGAUCCUGAUCAAAGAAAAGAAGACAUGGAAGGAGGCCUUAGAUUACUGCAGAAAGAAUCACAUGGACCUGGUCUCCAUCACUAACCAUCACCAGCAGAAAAUGGUCCAGAAACGAGCACAAAACGUCUUGACUGAUUUUGUUUGGCUUGGACUGCUCUACAGCUGCCCUCUGGAUAUGUGGUUCUGGGUCAGCGACCAGGUGGUUUGCUAUGACAACUGGAACUCAUAUGCAAAGAAUGCCAACUGUGACUAUGCUGGAGCCAUGGACAGAGACGGUGGAAAUAAGUGGUACAGUCGGCCAGAAAAUGAAGCGCAUAAUUUCAUCUGUGCUGGGAAGUUCUGAAAUGAACAUUUACUCAUUCAUACACUGUACUGACUUCAUCUCAUUAGACUGAACUUGCCAAAUAUUGUAUACUCAAUUUUCUUAAAGGCAACGAGCUGCCAGCCUGUUUAAAUGAAAGAUUAGAUCCUGAUGUAAUGAAGCAACACCAAAGUUCUUUCUUAACAAAGACAUCCAGAUGCCCGUAUGCUCGAUGGCCAAUUCAUUUAUUAGCUUUUACUUACUUUUAGUUUGUUUGAGGAAGUAGGUUGGAAUUGAUUCAAUUAGAUUCACGACGCCUGAUCCUAUUAUAUUUUGAUUAAAUCUGACUUGAUUUAGUAUCAAUUCAUUUUCAGAUAUUUAUAUAACUAUUCCAAUGUUUCUUAAAUAUUGAAGACAUCCUCAGCUAUUUUUAUAAAAUAAUGAGCCCAUUUACUUGGCCAUCAAAAUCAGAUCUCUGGGAGUAAUCAGAUUACUCUAAUAAUAUGAUCUCACUCGUCUACAUGCACUUCUGAAAUACCAUUUGUUGUUUUCUACAUUACCAAGCCAUAAUCACUUUUACGUGCGUGCAUGGUGACGUCACAUCCUGUUUUCUAAACAGUCAGUGUUGAACACAGCAGUGCAAAUAAAAAGCUCCAUUUUGGCUUCACAGCGAGAGAAGUUUGUGUCUCUCCGAUCAUCGGUACGUCAGGGAUAGAGGAUGGAGGAAGUCAGUAAAUAACAAAAACUCUAUAAAUGCCACAAUAAUUACUUACUGUAUGUUUAUAAAACACCUGCAUAUUAAAAUAUUAAAUUAACCAUCAGUCUAAACUAAUGAGAAUGAUUUAUGUUAUUAUAAUUUAUCUAUAGAAUAGAAAUACUUUAUUAAUCCCUUUGGAGAGUCCUCAGGGAAAUUUGGGUAAUCUAGUUUAUUAGUUUUAUUUAGUUUUAAAAUCUAGUUUAUCCAUUAAAUUGUUUAGCUGUAUUUUUAUUUUUUAAAAACCUACAAUGGCUGUUUUACUGAAUUUUCAAUGACACGCAAACAUCCUUGUCGACUAAUCUGGCCUGUUGAAUUGAUGUGAGCUGAUCUCAGGGUAGAGUGUAGGGUAGGGUAAUAGUAGUAAUUAGUUCAAAACUAUAUUUAAUAGUGUUCAACACGAUGCAUUGGUCAUUAGAAUGAGAGGAUCUCCUGUAGUUUGAAUAUGACCACAAAAACCUGAACCUAGCAGACAGAUAAAAAUCACUUUCCCAAAAUUUAGUAUCAGAGCUACAACAGCUCCACAUUUUCUAAAGAGUGGUUAGUACCUGAUAGUACCUGAUAGUACCUGAUAGUACCUGAUAGUACCUGAUAGUACCUGCCUGCAGCAUUUAGGGACUCCCAAGACUGAUGUCUGUGUCACCUUGUCUCACCUUCCUUUUCCUCCUCUUCCUCAUCAUAAUUUAAUUACAUGCUGUUUGACUCUUGGAUGUUUAGGGAGGUUUGUUGUGUUGCUGCAGUAAUGCUACACACACACACAUCAUCAUCUUUGCUGUUCAUCUUCACACGUGAUGCUACGGACUGAGCGAGUGAUCAACACGCUGCUGCGCCGCUAUGCUGCGACUUAUUUCACAUAUGACUAGCAGGCAGAAUAAAAACUGGUUCCUACCAGCUGGGUAUGAUUUAGACAAGAUCCUGAUAACAUAGUUACUUUCCACUUUAUUCUAAUUCCUGAUCAACUAUUUACCCCAAAUUACUAAAAUAUUGAUCUUAACAUGAAAAUCGAUUAAAAGCUGAUAUCAGAGGUAUCGAUAUUUCAGUAUAGAUCUGCACAUCACUAAAGGAAACUCAGAAAACAAAUCAAUCUACAAGUUUUGUUAAUCCAUAUUAGAUUAAUUAAUUUGAAUAGAUUUAAAUUGAUUUAUUGAUUUAUAAAUUUGUCUUUCAUCUUAUUUAUUCAAAUGAAUGUCUAAACAUGAGAAUGGGCGUGGUAUUAUAAGAUCAAGUAGCAUCAUGGUUAAGGAAGCUGUUCAACACAAUAUGUAAAAUAACCCGUGUUGUCCUGGUACAGUGACCGUAGCCCUUUGCUCUGUAAUGUUUCCUCUUUUAUUUUACAUUUUAUUUAGAGACAGAUUAUCUCAGCUGUUGCCUUUUAUCGUAAACCAACUGUUUUGUAUGCAGUUAAGCCUCUAUAUAUACACCUGUAUAAUCAGCAGCACCCACUGACUUUCAUUUUCAUUUCAUUCUUUUAGAAUUUCACAGCUUACAAAAGAAAGGAUGUAACUCUGUGAAAUAUUUCUGUUUCCUCUAAUGUAUCCAAGUGUGUUUAUUGUGUUACAGAUUACUGUGUGUAGAGUUUAGCACAAAGUGAAACUAUGUAGUUUGCUAAUCCGGGUGGAGGUUUGACUUCUUCAGAUUAAAGUUUUUACUAACUAUUUCUUUUUUUUUUAAUGUUCAACUUAUUUAAGAAAAAAAAUUAAAAAAAGGAAUAGUAAUUACACUAAACUGUUUUAAUUUAUGUACACACACAUUGUACUGUGUUUUAAAUAGU